CACUUCUCGAAAAGCCCAGAUUCCCUGCCUUCACUUUCACUUUUAUGGCAAUGUCGACGCUGGAAAUAGACUGUUAUCUCCUAGGAAAAUGCACCUCUUUGAAAAGCGAUAAAGCGGCGCCAGUGUAGAUAUCGAGACCCAAAGGUGAAGAUUACAAAGUGUCUAUAGGUGCCAGUCCUGAAAGAUGGCAGAGGAAGGCCGUGCGGUGUACGUUCACGGUUUGCCAACAGAUGUGGAUCGUAAACGGCUCCGGGACAAACUACUGAUUUACUUCUUACGCGCGAGAAACCGAGGAGGAGAGGUCACGUCAGUCAGUUUCACCAAUGACACACCUGCGUGUGCCCUCAUCACAUUUGAGGAGAGCAGAGUGGUCCAAAGUGUACUUCGUCAUCAUCCUCACAUUUUACAGCUGGAUGGCAGAGAGUAUGAACUGUCAUUGAGUCUCCCAAGUCAAGAGCCCUUGGGUUUGAGCCUGAAUAAGGUGAUCCUCAGUAUGACUGUGACCAUUGAUUGCAGUCAGCUUCCUCAGGGUUCAGAGACUCUGAAUGUUCUACAAUGUAAAUUUCCAGGCCUACGUAUUCAACCUGGCCUAUUACAGCAAACCUGCACCUUUCAAGGCAUCUACUCUGAGGUCCAGGGUGCCUUGUCUUAUAUGAAAAAGUUCUUCACUCCCAAUUAUCACUUCUUAAUGGCAGAAAAUCCUGAUUUUAGUGGAGACAGCAGGCAAGCUCCAGAGAAGAGGGAAGACCGCGGGAGUCAGAAGCAUCAAAUUCGGACCAGCUUAGCACACCAGUCACCAGGCCUUCAUAUGGGAGACUUCAGCUCUAUGCCCAUGAUGAGAUUAGGACAAGAGCAUUAUGAACCUCAAGAUAGCACAGAGGCUGUCACCCAACUUGGGAGACACACUGUUGGGACAGAGAAAAGAAAAAUGGAGCAGGGGGCAUUUGCAACUGAUUUGGAAGAUAUUUCGCUUAUCAUGGAAGCUGAUGUGUUCACGUACCUACAGAGCAACAAAGAGUACAGGCGGAUACUGCAUAAUCAUGGAGUACAAGUGGUCCAUGUUACAUCUGAGGGUGUCACCACUCUGUACCUGCAGUCAGAUGUCCCAACAGGUUUAGGCGAUAAACAGAACAUGCAGCAAGCCCAUAAGGAGCUAAGGGAGCUUUAUCAGCAGCAAGAGAGUUGUCUGAGGAAAGACAAGCUACAAAGGAGUGCCAUAUACCUGCCAGGGGGACUGACUGCAGCAUUAAAACAUGUGCAGUCAGUGCUGCCUAAUGUUCUAGUUAGUUAUGACCAGGACAACAUUUAUAUAGUGGGAGAGAGAAGUGAGGUAUCUCAGGCCAAACAAAUGCUGCUGCUUAGGGUGGAGGAGCGUGUUGUGGGGAGCUCGACAGCAAUGCCACCAUCCUCUUCCUGUUCUUCAUCCCCUGAGUCUUUAGAGAGAGGACUGAAGAAAAGUGAAAUUAAUUCUUCAAUGACCCCUAAAUUGAUUGGCACUAGUAGUGAAGGAAAAAGGGAAGGUGGAAAGGAAUACAAACUAGCAGCACGGUUUAAGAACUCAGGGUUGGGUGGAGACCCAAUGGGCUUUGCUUCUAAAAUGGACAUGCUAACUUUAGAUGCAAACUCUCAGUCAACACCACCUUCAAAGUCUACACUUGGCACUGUAGGCAUACUCCGUAAUGAAAUGACUGGGGAAGGAACUGAAGCAUUCAAGAUGACAGGAACAAGCUGUACUGGGGAGGAUGUCUUGUUUAGAAAUCUAGACCCGCUAUCCUUUGUGAAUGCAUAUGGUACCACCUCCAAUACUUCUAAGGCCAAACCAAAUACUUCCACUGGAUUCACUUCAACCUUGAAAACCGGAGUCAAAACCGCAUCAAACACAAUUGUGAACGCUGCCCCCUCUGCAACAAUAUCAGCGCCCACUUCCAUAUCCUCUUUAAGGAGGUCCAAUAGUUUCUCUGGUCAGCCCUACCUAAAAGAACAGAUGCAGGAGAACCAGAUAAGUGCUGGGUCAAUGAUUAAUGACCAUGUUCAUCAAAAAAUAAGAUCCAAUAGCCUGAGUGAAGAUUCUCUUAUUUCUACAGUAGAAACAGAACUGUCUGUGUCUUCGGUAAUGUGGAGUUACAUGAAGGAGGCCUACUGCAUCCAGCUGGACAGCAUGAAGUCUUACUUGGAAAUGUCUGAGAAACAAGCUGGCAGAAGUAACGUGAGUGUGAUUCUGAAGGGCUCAGAUCCCUCUGAGGUUGAGGAAUGUCGUAGGCAGCUGCUAAAUCUCGUGGCUAUGGUAGCCACUGACUUUUGUGUUCAGGAGUUGCGUUUGACAGAGCUUGGCGUGGUUGAAAAUGAUACAUUGUUUGAGGCCUGCUGUUCGAAUGUGCGCUCCUGCUUUCAUAAAGUCGUCUUGCACCCCUUGAAGGACAGGGUUCUCCUGCUUGGUCCAAAAUUUCUCUGCUCCCAAGUCAGUGGAAUAUUUAAGGAUGUAUUUCCUGGCAAUGAGUCGAAUUUAAUACCACAGAUGAAGACCUUCCAUCCACAGCAGAGUGUAGAUCUAGGAGCAACCAAUGCAUCUUUGAAUACAACCGAAGUCCAAAUGAGCAAGCAGUCAACCAAAACCAAUCAGUCUAAGUCUGCUCAAAGUGAAAAGGAUCUUUCUUUUCAGGACACAAAUCAAAUGGCUUUUUCUAAUGGCAAUCAGACCAAAAGCAAAAGUGGGGGGCAAUUGAUUAAACAAAAAUCAACAGCAUUGGAAAUGUUGGAGAAACCUAGAUCUAUGACGGAUGAAUUUAGCAACACAAACUCACUUAGCCAAUCAACAGAUGCCAGUGAAGAAAAAACAGGGCUAAAAAAUGAUGGGCAAACUUCUAUAACACUCAAGGCACAUGAGAAAAAUGAUACCUCCAUGAUUUUGAAACAGGCCAACCUGCUGUCCAAAUACCCUUCGGAACAUUGCGUUUGUGGAGCGAGUGGAACAGAUGUUAAACGGACCAAUUGUGGUGUCAUCCUGUGCCAUAUCUGCCUUCCAAUGCAUUCUCACUGCAGAGUGUGUGGGAAAGAAGAGAUUUGCUCUCAGAAGAAGGUGUUGGACGAUCCAGUGCUCAGUUAUGGCUCGAAGCAUGUACGACAAAAUCAGAUGCAUGGAUAUCAGGUUCAAGAGAAGCAUUUAGGAAAAGAAGACAGCAAAGAAAAAAAGGGUAUUCAAGGCACUAUGACAUGUUCUGAGAUGCCUUCGAGCCUGACGGGAUAUUCCCGACACACAACAGCCAAGAUCACAUACUGCAUACCUGAUGGCAUACAGGGGGAUAAGGAUCCAUGUCCAGGGUCACCAUUCCAGGGUGGUCUGUUUGAGGCUUACCUGCCACUCAACCCAAAGGGGCAGAGUUUAUUGCUUUGUUUGGAAAAGGCAUUUCAUCAAGGGCUAACCUUUAUUGUCAGUCCAAGCAACAAGGACAAUGGUGGAGGUGCAAAAGUGACCUGGGGCAAGAUCCCUCACAAGACCAGGAUGGAGGGAGGGAAGAGCAGGAAUGGGUAUCCAGACUCUACAUAUCUUAGUCACUUGUCUGAUGCAUUGGUGGCUCAUGGAAUUUAAGUGAUUAGUCAACAUCAAGCUAAAGUUUGAUACUGACCUUGAUACAUACAACAACAUGUCUUAAUCUUGUCAUCCUGUCAGGACAAGUCUUAAUCUUGACUACAAAUAAUUAUUAAAUAUUGUUUUAUUUCUUUUUAGACUAUUCUUGCAUGGAAACAGCUAUGUAUUAGUACAGUAUUCCUACUAACAGUUAUCAGUGGUUUAUACAAUACUUUUAUAAGCUGUAAUGAUAAUAGGAUGCCAAUGAUGCCCUAAAAUAUAUAUUUUUAUUGAUGUACAUUAUCAAUAAUUCUCAACAUGUAUACUGAGUUUGUCUGUAAAUUCUGAAUCAUUUCCACAUCGUCUUUUAAUUAAAUAAUUAUCUUUA